AAUUUUUUUUAGUGAAGUGCAUUAAACGGAAUAAUUUACAGUAUGACCAAAGAAUAAAAUUAAUCAAACAACAGGACCAGUUUGGCUGUGCAUUUACAACAUGACAGAGGUUGCAAGGGGGGGACGGCUGGUUAUUGUCUGUGUGCAUAAAAGCAUAUAAGAUGAGGGUGUCGGCCCUACUGGCUUUAUCACCAACCCGUGCUCGUCCGCAGCGGAGGCAGCAGGACAGUGCUCCAAGGACACAUCUCCAAGCACAUAAUUAUAUUUUACAACGAAUAGUACAACAAUCUAGACAAGAUGGGUUUUGACGCGCUGAGUGUCGAGAAUCCUGCCUUCACCGCCUUCCUCUUCUACUCCGCCGUGUUGUGCCUCAAGGUGAUCCUUAUGGGACCUCUGACGGGAUAUUAUCGCAUGACCCGCGGAGCCUUCGCUAACCCCGAGGACGCCAGUAAGUUCGGGGCCAAGAGCACCAAGACGGACUCAGACGUGGAGCGCGUGAGGAGAGCCCACCAGAACGACAUCGAGAACAUCCCAUUCUUUCUUGUGCUGGCGUCCCUCUUCCUCUUCACCAAUCCCAGCCUGUUCUGUGCCAAGAUGCUGUUCAGGAUCUUCACGGGCGGCAGGAUCCUUCACACAAUCUUGUACCUGAGGGGCAGCUCUCUCAGGCCUCUCGCUUUCGUUAUCCCUACACUGGUUUCCGUCUACAUGGCUGUGUGCAUUAUUUACACCUUCCAUUGAUCGGGGAGUGUCGGGACUCGGGAGUGUGACGGGUGCUCUGUAAUGAAGGGUAAAAGUGAGAUAAUUGAAUAGUUAUGUCAUAUUUCCAGAACAAAUUUCGAAAAGAGCAGCUUAAUGAAAUGACUGAAUUGUGCUGUACUUCUUGACCUGAUUAGUUAAGAAUAACAAUAAAUAUCGCCUCCACGGAAUUGUUGCUAUGGCUGUGUCUGCGAUGAGUUUUGCCAGUCAUGGUUAUCUGACGAAACUAUUAUCUCUUUACUUACUUGUGUACACAUAAUAUUGGAUUAGUCAUGAUCAUUAUCUCGAAACACUCGAGAUUUUUUUUUCAUGUAUACUUAUUCUUUUACCAAAAGAUGAACGAUUUUUAUUAGAUAUUGCUGUCAUUCUGAUAAAACAGAACCUUAGGCAAAACUGUCGUUACAUUUCCUUAUGAUAAAUAAAAGUACAAUUUCUUUGA